UCAUGUUAGUAGUGUCUAUGUGAUCGCAACGAUCGAUACUAUCGGCGAGAUGGAAGUAAUGUCGCCAAACAAUGUCGCCGAGAAAGACUUUAAUGUACUUUAAUGAACAGUAAAUUUGCGUCUGUUUGCAUAUUGGCACUGUUCUGAAGCCUACUGAGCAAAAUAUUAACGUAAAAUGACCACAGUUACUGCAGACAGUAAACUCUGAUCCACCAGAUAUGCAUCUAUGUGUUUAAUCUAAGUGUAUAUUACUUUUUUUCCUUCACAGAAUUUAAGCUCGAGGAACCAUGUAUCCUACCACGACGAAUCUAACUGAAAGCAUAUCACCAGAUCCCUGGCUGACCGAGCUGUCUGUUGGUGAGCUUGUGGCCUGGUGCCUACCUUGUGGCUUUGCUGCUAUUGCUGCCAUAUUUGGCAAUACAUUGGUGCUUGCUUCGUUCUUCAUGUCUUCCAAUCUCCGUCACCACGUGACUUUCUUUGUGGCUGGUUUAGCUAUAGCUGAUGUAUUGGUGGGGCUGCUUUCUAUUCCAAUGUGGAUGUACAUGUUAUAUUUGGCUUGGAAAGGUAACAGUACUUCCGGAAAUACCAAGAUAACCAUAAUUUAUGACGUCCUGGAUGUUUUUGCCGCGUUAAACUCCAUUUUUCAUUUGACUGCAAUAAGUAUCGAGCGGUUCUUUGCAACAGUUUACCCGUGGAGACAUCGAAGAGCCACGCAAAGGAUGUACCAUGUCUUCUUACUGGGAAUUUGGAUUACUUCCGCUCUUGUUUCCAGCUCUUUCUUUCUGCCAGUCAGCAAACCAACCAUAGAUUUUCGUUUCUAUCUAAUUAACAUUCUGUUUGUGAUACCGCUGUUGAUAAUGUCUGUGACUUACACUGGUAUCUGGUUCAAAGCCAAAACUCGCCUCAGGAAAGCCCCGGAUACAGCUUUAAAGACGUCUCUCACCUUGUUCAUUGUCAUUGGUUUAUUUUUUGUUGCCUGGUUACCAUUUUUCGUGGUUCGCGCGGUACUUCAUUUCUGUAGACACUAUUGUGUCUCGUGGAGAAUCUUUUACUUUACCAAGUUGCUUCAUUUUAGUAACUCUGCAGUUAAUCCACUGGUAUACGGCUUACGCAUUCCAGAAUACAGAGACACUUUCUUCAAACUUCUCGGACUCAAGUAUAUGAUUCCUGCACGUGAUUCUAUCGAGUUGGAUAGCCUCGCUGUAAAAAAUUCUCCGCGAAGCUUUGGAGAUAACGCUAACGGUUUUGUGGAUACUCAUGGCAACAACCACAAAGUAACACGACUAGCUGAAGACAACUGCGCCAGACGAGCCAGCCUUCCCACCAUAACCGUAACAACGCCAUCUGAAGUCGUAACUAGAAGUAAAUCCCAAGAUUUAAUUCCUAGUCGAGCAAUACUUUAGUCAGAUUAUUAAUUUAACGCAUUCUUAACGCAUUCUUAAUGCAUUCUUAACUAGCUGGAUCGAUCACGAAGCAGUUUAAAACUACUUUCACUUCCACAUUGAAUACAUCACUUGAGAGUAAUACUUACAGUGUACGGAUAAAAAGGUGAUCAUUCAAACGUCAUACAAUUAACAUAUUAUCGUGUAUAAGCCACAUGCAUGGCCUUGAUUAGAUCGUACGAUAUGGUUUGGAGCGAAAGCAGAAAUCAGGAGCGGGGGGCUGGCAGCUACCUUUGAUCUCGCCGCUUUUCUGGUUUCUAUGUUCGCCCCAGUAAAGAAAUCUGUCAAUCAUUUGAGAACCGUAGCCGGCAUGCACAGAUCGCGAACAUAACACGGAACCGCAACAUGUUUCGCCGCCACUUCUGUGCAGGAUUUGCCUUCGAUUCGAUAUUUUUUUAUUCGCUCUUAGUACUUUUUAGCAACAGUUCUGAGACAAUCAGGACUAAGGGAAUGACGGCCAACUUUGUGUCAGAUUAGCGACAAGUUUCAGGCUGAUAUUUUCCUGCUGAGCUUAAGUGAAUUUCACAUUCUUGGUUGCUGUAUCAGGAAGAUAACUAUUGUAUGCUGCUUUUAUUUUGCUGUGGAAAUUCUAAAGUUCAUUAACUUAACUCCCAUUUUCACACCGACGAAAGAGAAGACUUCCUUUGCAAUUAUUCUUCUCUAAUUUCUGUGCAAAAUAGCGAUGUCGAACUGUUUCUUGACUGCCAUCAUAUAGCGCGAAGCCUCCGAAUGUAAGUCUUUGAAAUAUUUCCUAACUGUUCAGCGUUUUGUAUUAUAAACUCGAGCUUACAUUCAAUAGGCUUUUCUAUCUACAGUUUUGUCCGUCUUGAUUUACUUAUAAAACACCGCAUCUACUUUAUGAUUUCCCUGUGAUAUGUUGAGUUUGAAGACAUUCUACGAGUGAUUUAAAUCAUGAAACUUGAAGACAGUUACAGAGCACUCAACAAGAGUGGCAUGUUUCAAUAAUGCAGUGAUAGUAAAAGCUUUGGAAACCUCCAUUCCUUACUGUUCAGUACCAGUUUGAACUCUAAAACUUGAAAGCAUUUUCCUUCUUGAGCUUCUGCAUGGGAAUGCCCAAAAUGGAAUUGCUGGGUACAGAUUGACUGUGAACUUUUACUAGGUUGAGGUAUUUCAUUUACAAGCUAUUUAGAAUUUCUUGACCCGUAGAAAUAAAGAAAGCAGCUUCUGCUCACAUGCUUUGGCAUGAUUUGUGGUGGAAGAAAACUCUGUCAUACUUCUGGAGAUCAACUGAAAUAGGGCUUCCAUACACUCAUCUACAAAUUGAGAUAUGAAAUAAAACCAGGGACUCAGGGAAGGCAAAUGAGCCCUGUUACCUGUAUGUGUGUGCUAGUUAGUAAUGAGCUAGACAGGCAAAAUGGUCAUUUACCCAGAAAAAUGACUUUAGCUUGGACAAACCUGAGUCAACAGAACCUUCACGAUGUUGAAAUAGGCCAAUUUUGAUACUUGACUCCAACGCCUUGGAAAAUAACAAGAAGUUGUAUCAAUUGCAAGGGAUCUUUGUUUUAUUCCUUCAAGGCAAAGAGAUGGAUAAGGAGUUAAACAUAUCAAAAUUGGCCUGAAGUGUUGCCUAGCGGUAGCUAGCUCCUUUAAUGAAAGGACAGUAAAAUAAGACAAUAAGGAAAGCUAAAAUAAAGUCAGAUGAAUGCAUUCUUUAAUUGUGCUUGUCUCAAAUGGCAAUUCUUUGUGGAAUAGAGGAGCAUGAACUGUUUGUAAACUGUUUCAGAGGCAGC